CCCGAUCAAAAUCUUUCUCGCGUCAGUACGUGCGUGAGUUCGAGUUGGAGAUAGAGAGCCAAAAACCCUAGACCUAACUCUGCCAUGCUCUACUCUAAACCCUUCGUCUCUCUUCUUUCCUCUAUUUUUCUCUCGCUCUGAGCUUUCUGGCGUCGCGAACUUCAAAGGCGUCGUUUUAGCUCUAUCUCUAUCUGUGACUCUUUUGGCAUUUUUUUGAGUCGUGCAAUCCAGCGUUGCUUUUGGUCUCUGAUUCUAUAUCGUUCAUCAGAAUGAUUACCGCUGAAACUAUGGUAGCAAAGAAGUUGAAAAUCAAAUUUCCUACUCAAAGAAUGGAAGCUGUUCCAGGGAUAAGGGUCGAUUCUGGAUGUAAUGUAGACAAGAAUUAUCAUUCUCGGGCCUGUGACAUGCCGAAGACGAAGCUGGAACCUGCAGAGCCUCGGGCUAAUAAGCGUCGCCCAUUGCAGAUGUUAGAGGGUCGAUCACAGAAGAAGCGGAAGAUGGAUCACAGUGUCUCGCGUCAGUGUUUUGCUAUUUUGAAGUCUCUGAUAAAUAAUCCGUCCGGUUGGGUUUUCAAGGAACCAGUGGAUCCAGUGGCACUGAAUAUUCCAGACUAUUUUUCAAUUAUAUCUCAUCCUAUGGAUUUGGGGACAAUAAAAUCUAAGCUGGAGAAGAAUCAGUAUUUUGGAACUGAAGAGUUUGCUGCUGAUGUCAGACUGACUUUUUCAAAUGCCAUGCUAUAUAAUCCUCCAACAAAUUAUGUUCACAAAAUGGCAGAGUCGCUGAAUAAGAUUUUUGAGACCAAGUGGAAGUCACUAGUGGAAAAAUGGAAUUGUGAAGUAUCGGAGUCUAGUGGUGGGAAAAAUUUGAGUAGGAAGCCAAAAGAGAUCAGUACAGCCAGACAGAAUUCUUCUCAAAUACCCCUUUUGCCCAAGGGGUCAAAACUAUCUGAAGAUAAGGCAACAAGGAGUUCAGCAAAUGCAAAAGCUGCAACAGUAAAGCAUUCUAAACCAGUGGAAAACUGCAUGCGCAAGGCAUCACAGCUGAAUUCUUUUGAAGGCACUAGUGGUGGCAAACAUGCUUGUUGCUAUGUUAGUGUGAAGCCAUCUUUGAGCCCAGUUGUUGGUAAAUGUGGUAGAAGUGUUGGGAGUGCUCGUCAAUGUUGCCUUCCCUGUGAUUCAACCCACGCUUCCUCUGACAUAUCGUCUGAGAGGUCAUUGAGCAGAGAUGAUACUGCGUGUGGCUCUGAUGCCUCAAAACUGGAUUGUCAGCAGAAGAGCAUGUCAACUGCACAGAGGAGCAAGUCAGAUCUAGACUCUGAUGGGGCUGUAAGUGCUUUGGAUGAUGAAAAUGCAUGCCCUAGCUCACAGCUCAUGCCAUGUGCAACAGAUGUAACUUCUGGAGAAGGAGGAAUACCUCAUAGUUUUGAUGUACAACUGUCACCAACAAAGGCCCUUCGUGCUGCAAUGCUGAAGUAUCGGUUUGCAGAUACUAUCUUAAAAGCACAACAAAAGACGCUGCUAGAUCAUUGUGAGAAGGCUGAUCUAGUGAAAAUGCAACGGGAGAAGGAAAGAUUGGAAAGGAAGCAGCGUGAAGAGAAGGCUUUGAUUGAAGCCCAAAUCAGAGCUGCUGAAGCAAACUCACGAAGGAGUGCAGAACUGGAAUUGAAAAAACAAAGGGAGAAAGAAAGAGAAGCUGCUCGAGUUGCAUUGCAGAAGAUGGAAAAAACUGUCUACUUUGAGCAGGACUUGGAGAUUCUUAAAGAACUUGAGAUGCUUAGUGGUGGUUCCCUAUCUUAUCAUUUUCGCAUUGACAGCAAAUGUUCUCAAGUGUCAAAUGGAGAGAUGGAAGGAUCUUACUUGAGGAGCCCACUGGAGCGAUUGGGUUUGUUUAUGAAGAAUGAUAUCUGGGAUGAGGAUGAUAAAUUACAAAAUGGAGAUGAAGAGGAAGGGGAAAUAUUUCCAUGAAUAUUUGAUCUCAAUUCUAUAAUUUCUUUUUCUUAUUUUUCCUUUCUGUCUGUUAAGGUUGGCAGUAAGAGGGGCAAAAAGAGAAACAUCAUUUGUAAAUCGAUAUAUUUUUGUAGGCAAUUGUGUGUUAUGUUGUAAACAAUACUAGUAUAUAUUUAUAGGAUUGAAUAUAAAAGGGCAAAUCUCUGAACUUUUUCAA